AUGCCCGAACCACGAGCGGGUGUUGACUCCGUCUCUUCCAUCAAAGUGUCCAUCGUCCUAAACCCUCUCGCCUCCGGCGAUUCGCUUACUCGUAAUAUCUCUCUCUCUUCCAGCAACCCAUCCGUGGAGAUCGGCCGGUCAUCAAAGCGGGGAAAUAAAAACCGCUCUCCGGCAGAGGAUAACGGAUGGUUUGAUUCUCGGGUCAUGUCGCGCUUCCAUGCGGACCUAGGUAUCUCACUGGAAAAAAGGGUAACUCUCCCUCUCCUACGGACCCCUUCUUACCCCAAGGACUAUGCUGAGCGGGCGAUCAUCCAGAGCGUCUACAUUUGCGAUAACGGAUCCACUCAUGGCACUUGGCUCAACAACGUCAAAUUGUCAACUGGAGAAAAGACCCCGUUGAUCAGCGGAGAUGAACUGAGAUUUGGUGUAAACGUGGAUCGUGGUGACGAAGAAUUCCCAGCGUUGAGUGUUCAGUGCGAAGUUGAGUGGCUUGCCAGUGAUGAAAAGGCUGAAGAAAGCGGAGAUGUUUACGUGCCUGCCGACAUUCAAGAAGUGCUGGACAUCUCUCAUGCUGAGCAUUUUCCCAAAUUCCCUGCGACAGAUCCCAACUGUAUCAUUCAAGCCAGUACUUCCACAAAUACAUUCUGUGUCCCCGAGGAUGAUGACAGCGACAUUGAGGAAAUCCCAGCUACCAAGUUCAACGGCCAUAAGGAGGGUUCACGCCUCCAAGGAACUUUUCUGGCAGAUUAUUCGGAUGGAGAAAUUUCCGAAUCCAACGAAGAAGAUUCAGAUCUUGACUCAAACCCAUCAUCCUUCAGCGAGACCAGUGAACGUGUUUCUUAUACCGAGCUUCUCUGUGUGGAGUCUAGGUCCGACGAUGACUCUACUUCUGAAUAUGCUGAAGAGAAUGAGUUCUUGCUUGGCCAAGAAGAUAAUGAGUUCAUUAAUCCGACAAUUCUCAAUAAUAGUGAUGAACCGGACUCCCCUGCGCUUGCAGGAGCUGCUCUGCGUACAUUUUCGCAUGAGAAUGAUAUGACUGGCAAAUCUUGCAUCAAGGUGGAAUCACCCGAGGUGAACGAAGUUCUUCGAACCCCUUUCCCUCAGGUUCCUAUCCCCUCUGCCUUACCAACAUGGGUAGAGAAGCGUGCUGAAGAGGAAGAAUCUCGCCGUCUUGGCCGUCUGAGCAUCAGUGAUGUCCUCAACCCCUACCAGGAUGGACCGUUUGCCUGUUCAGCCAUGCCGGGUUCCAAUGAUGCCAGUGUCAAGAAACCCGUCGAAUCGCAAGUCGAAUCGGUUCAAGAGCCAGAUAUGAGGUCAAAAUGCGUCUCCCUGAAGCGAAAGGCAUCUGAGAUAGAAUUACAAGAUGCUCAGAUUCCCGACGUGGCCCUUUCACAGUCCGAAAUGCCUGACUUCGAAAGUGUCACCAAAUCUAAGGUAGCUGAUGCGAUUAGUUCCGCUCUUUCUGAAAACACGAGUCAUGUGCCUAGCCCUCCUACGAAACGAAUCAAAACUUCUCAUGCUUCCAACAUUGCGAGCUACACUGCUACUGCUGUGAUUAGUGCCUUGCUUGGUGGACUGGGGACCAUCGCCCUCCUAGCCGCUCUGCCUGCGGAAUACUUCCAGUGA